GCUAUCCUUGACAGACGCAUGAGAAAACUUAAACAACAGGGGAUUGGUAUAGUAAGGAAACAAGCACAGCCUUAUUCAGAGGAAGAGGAAGAAAAACUGUGGCAACUAGUUUUUCAACUUCACGAUGCAAGAAGUUACAGUUAUGCUGUCUAUUUCUACCUCUGUAAAGUCUUUGGUGUACACGCAGCAGUAGAACACAAUAAAUUGAUGGUUGAUCAGUUUACCUUUGGAGCUGAUGAAAUUGGAGAAUAUUUGGAAUUUGUGGCAAAGCCUUACAGAGGCGGGAUCCAAAGAACUAAAGGACACACUUGGCAGUAUGCAGAUUUAACCAACCCAAGGUGUAUUGUUUCUCUUUUUCGUCGCUACCUCAGCAUGGUUCCAAGUAAUGGUCCGUUUUACCGGCGCCCUCUUCCCGGGCGGCUGGAAUUCUGCCAGCAGGCUAUUGGAGUUCACACACUGGAGCGUUACUCCAAAGAAAUCUGUGAGGCAGGUGGCAUUUCAGGACGGCAUACUGGCCAAUCUGGAAGGGCCAGCAGUGUAGCUGCCCUUCACAGUCGUGGCUUUGAUGAAGAGCUAAUUAAGGAACGAAUGGGAAAUGGCAGUAGUGCAAUGAUGUCCUGCAAAAAGACUCAAAUGAAGGCAGUAUCUGACUGUUUGCAGCCUCCAAAUCCUUUGAAGAAAAUCUCAGCUUGUUCACAGUCGUCAUCUGCCUUGAGACAGCAAAGUGUUUGUGCACACGAAGCAGUGACCAAUAGUCCCCAGCCAGAAACUGAAGUUACAAACCAAGAAGAAUUGGUGAUAGUUGAACUGCCUUGUAGUACACCUUCAACGUUACCAAUGUCUUUGUCAAAGUUGCAGUAAUGUCAACCUAUUAUGCUGCUAGAAUCUUAACAGUGUAGCGAAAUGACUCCAUUUUUAUCAGGUUGUACGAAUAUGAAACAAACUGAUGAGGGGAGAUGUGAUGUACCUCCUGAUUUCUGUGUGUAGCAGUAUUUGAGUUUUUAAGCUCCCAUCUGGAAGUGGCUACAUUGAGUCAAGAACUGGGGAGGGGAGGCUGGGGAUAAUGCAGACGUUUUAGUGUUAUUUCCUACUAGUGUAAGAUGGUUAAAUUUGCAAGGUGAUUCUUUUCAAGCACUUUCUCUUCUGUUAUGCUAUAAAUGGAUUUAUCGUAUGUGGUUGUCAGUAAUACUAAGGUAUUUUUAUCCUUUUUAAUUUUGAGAUUUCACGUGCAAUAAGCAACUAAAUGUUAAUAACAAAAUUGUUACCCUGUCUCCUCAUAAUUAAAAUUAUUUAAGUCUAUAUAUUA